UCCGUCACAUGGUGCACCGCUGCUGCCAGGACUGACGAACCCAAGUGCGCUGAGAGCAGGAAAACACACACACUUCACAUCCAGCUCAGACGCUGACCGUCUGAAGGAUCCACUUCUUGCUCCUGGAGGAUGACUUUUAACAUCCUGGUGUCAUUUUGCAGCGCCGUGAAGUAAAUAUAUAUAGAGAUAUAUAUUUAAAAAAAACAAAACAAAACAAACUCCGCCAUAUUCAGCCCACCACGCCCGGAGCUCCGCCACCAGGAGUGAAGACUCGCCGCUAAAGUUGUUUCACAAACUUAAUUUCCUCUUUACUGGAGAGGAACAAGGUGAAGUGUUAUCCGGGAGUAAUGACUCUGAGCUCCGUGGGGGUUUGCUGCCUCAGCCCGGAGGCCAAGGAGGCUCGCAGGAUCAACGAUGAGAUUGAGAGGCAGCUCCGCCGGGACAAGAGGGACUCCCGCCGGGAAUACAAGCUGCUGCUGCUCGGAACUGGUGAAAGUGGGAAGAGCACUUUCAUCAAACAGAUGAGGAUCAUUCAUGGCCGUGGAUACUCUGAUGAGGACAAAAGAGGUUUCACCCGGCUGGUCUACCAGAACAUCUUUACUGCCAUGCAGGCCAUGAUUCAGGCCAUGAACGCACUGCAGAUCCCCUACAAGUAUGAACACAACAAGGCCAACGCCAGUAUUGUCAAUAAGGUUGACGUGGAAAAGGUUACAACAUUAAAAAAGCCAUACGCGGAUGCCUUAAAGAGCCUGUGGAGCGAUCCGGGCAUUCAGGAAUGUUACAAUCGAAAGAGGGAAUACCAGCUGUCCGACUCAGCCAAAUACUAUCUGAAUGACUUGGACAGAAUCGCUGAGGCUGCUUAUCUGCCGACCCAGCAAGAUGUCCUGAGGGUCAGGGUGCCCACCACAGGUAUUAUAGAGUACCCCUUCGACCUGGAGAGUGUGGUGUUCAGGAUGGUGGAUGUGGGCGGCCAGCGUUCAGAGAGGAGGAAGUGGAUCCACUGUUUCGAGAAUGUCACCUCCAUCAUGUUCCUGGUGGCACUCAGCGAGUACGAUCAGGUUCUCAUUGAAUCCGCCAAUGAGAAUCGGAUGGAGGAAAGCAUGGCCUUGUUCAAGACAAUCAUAACCUACGAGUGGUUCAAAAAUUCCUCCAUCAUCUUGUUCCUCAACAAGAUAGAUUUACUGGAGGAGAAAAUCAUGCAUUCCCACCUGGUCGACUAUUUCCCAGAGUAUGACGGUCCCCAGCAGGAUGUCGAAGCAGGAAAAGAUUUCAUCUUAGACAUGUUUGUCAGUCUCAAUCCAAACAAGAAAAAAAUCAUCUACUCCCACUUCACAUGUGCCACAGACACAGACAACAUUCGAUUUGUCUUCUGCGCGGUGAAGGACCACAUCUUGCACACCAACCUGGACAUCUACAACUUGGUUUAGAAACGCUGGUGUUGCUGCUGUAAUUGAAUCGGCUGUGUGCAGCUGGCAGUCGGCACAGCUCUGCAGUGGUUCAGUGUGCUUCACGCUGCUGCUGAGCACUAUAAUCCAAAACAGGAAAUUGAGAAGCUACAGAGCUUGGCAUCAAAUGACUGUACUACUGAUGUAUUUCAAAUUUUCUUGUUAGGCUCUUUGAAAAUGGAUGUCUCCAGCUAUUAUGAAGUGUGACCUGACAAUUAAAGAGCUGCCUUGGUGAGGGGUCUAUUAUAGCAUGCACUCUGAAAUUUAUGGGGCGCUUUGUGAAAGUUUUUUGAGCAGUAACAGUGUAAAUGCACAUGGAUGGAUUAAGAGAGGGAAAAGUAUUUCAGUGGCCUCAAAAGCCUCUGCGGACUUGCGAUGUACUGGGUCUCUCCUUCAGGGAAUCUGUGGAAGUGAAUGUAGACUAACUGCAAUGCAGCACCUCACAUCACUAACCCGAGUUGGUUGUAGUUUGUUUUGUUUUUUUUAAACUUUGGAAACUGUUUGAGAUACUCUAAGAGCUUAGUUUGUGUCUUGACUUAAAGGGAAUGAGUCAUAAUUAACACUAAUGACAAAUGUACUUUAUUACAGGCAUUACUUGCACACUGUACAUUUUGUAGCGUUACAAUUUUUGCUUGACUUCGUUGGAUUCCGAUCAUUUCUGCCACCUCAACCUUCACUUGACUGUCUACAAGGUGUAUUCGUCUGUGAUGGCAUUUUAAAACCACUUUUUGUGAGCACGGCAUUCACAUAUUUUUAUAUGUAAUUUAACAUAUUUCAAAGGGAUAUUCAGAUAUUUCUUUUUUGUGUCAGAGCUGUACAGUAGAAUAGCAUAUUCAUUCAGUUAAGGGACUAUUUGACUGGUUUUCUAAGUAGUGUUUUGCCUAAAUGUCACUGGCUUAUGUAGCUUUAGAACUCACUCACUAUUCAUCAGAAUGCAUAUUGUACAUAUUGCAUGGUACAUUAACCUCCCAGUGUGGUUGUUUUUCAUUUUUGUUUGCAUCAAGGUCAGUGUUGAAAGGCUUACUGCAAGAAGAGAGAACUGUUUAUUGUUAAAUAAUUUCUGAGGCAUUGAACUAAUGCAUUCUUGAUCCUUAAUCAUGCAGUUCAAAGGUAUUACAUGCAUGAAUAAGAAGCUAAUGAGAGUGUUUCCACAGCACUAAUGUUUACACGACCCUUUUUUUUCUUGUUAAAAGUAAUUACAGGCUAAUUUGUACCAUUUAAUUUAUGGGUAUAUUUCACUGUCACUGCAGUAUCAUAAUGCAGUCUUAGUGUUUUGUUUUUUUUUUUUUUUAUUAAUGUGAUUGGAUAAAUAAACAGUCUGUUAAUUUGC